GGGAGGAGAGCGCCCGCGCCAGCGCCAGCACCAGCCGGAGGAGCGCGCCGGCCCAGGAAGCCAGAGCGCCGCCCACCCAUCCGGGGCGAAGCGCGCGGGGAAGCAGGCUGGGCCGGGGGCUGCCAGCCUCAACCCCUUAGGACCUGAGCGGGCGCUGGAGAGUGGGGAACCGGUCAAAGAGGUCGAAGACAUCUGGAUAGCGGCCCUUCGGCAUUCCAGAGCCCUGACCUGGCUCCCUGGGGUCUGAAGCCACUGUGGUCGUACAGGCUUAGCUGGCUUUUGCAGGAGGUUGGGGGGUUGGGGGGGGCACCUCCAUUCCUGAUUGAAGAGGCUGCAGAGAGCAGAGAGCAGAAUGCGCCCUGAGCCAGGACUCUGCCUGGAACCUCAUUUGUCCCCUCUGGACAAUGGGAACAAUUAACCACCUCUAACUGGAGGGAAGGGGAGGAAUGGAGCGAAUCGGGGGCGCCCCAGACCCUGGGGGAAGGGACUGGCAGUGUUCUGGCUUGGGGAGGUGGGGCCUGCUCUGCUUUGGGUGUCCGUCCCCUCCCCCAGCCCAGGGGCCUCCUGCCUUUUGGUCCUGCUUCUGCUUUCGCAGGCUCAGGUAGAGACACCGCUUGGUCUUCUCGGUUCCCAGCUCCACAACUAUGGGAGCGGAAGUUUGGGGAGUUUCUCGGAGCUUUUCUUUCUGUCCCUCUUCCCCAGCCUGGGAGUUCCCCAUUCUUUGGGCCCAGAGAGGUGACUGUGUAUCCAGAAACUUGAUAGUCCUACAGUGACACAAAUACUUACAUGUACCUACGGAAGCCAAGCCACUUUGCCCUGAACCUAUGUCCCUAUGUAUCUUUGGGCAGAGUCCCUGGACCUGCCCACAGCCGCAGUUCAAUGUCGUGUGCCUGUGGGCCUGGCCACCCCGAGACCAGCUUCCACACUUCCCGUUCUGGGGGCCAGCUUAGGCCUCCUCUUUCCGGGCCAGGCAAACAAUUUGGGGGAUGGGAAGAUGAGAAACUUUUCCUCUGUCCCAAAGUUGGGCCUUGGGUAGCUCCCUCCUGCCUUUUUGGUGUCAUGGGUCCACCCUCUCUCAGGACACAGCCCUGGGUGGAGGAGGAAGCAGGCAUGGAAUGUGCCCCAGCUCCCAUGUGGAUGGGCCACCCAGGCUUGGCGGGUCCUGGAAGCAACUUGGGCUCAGGUUCCAUAUGCAGGGGAUAGAGGGAGGCAGUGGGUAUCCUAACCCAGACUGACUCAGCAGAAGCCCCCUUCCCCCACAGCACCCCUGAGACUGCCGAGUUCUUGGGUGAGGACCUGCUGCAGGUAGAGCAGCGGUUGGAACCAGCUAAGCGAGCAGCCCACAAUGUUCACAAAAGGCUGCAGGCCUGUCUGCAGGGCCAAAGCGGGGCUGACAUGGACAAGCGGGUGAAGAAGCUUCCCCUCAUGGCUCUUUCUACCGCAAUGGCUGAAAGCUUCAAGGAGUUGGAUCCCGAUUCCAGCAUGGGGAAAGCCUUAGAGAUGAGCUGUGCCAUCCAGAACCAGCUGGCCAGAAUCCUAGCAGAGUUUGAGAUGACCCUGGAGAGAGAUGUCCUGCAGCCGCUCAACAGGCUGAGCGAGGAGGAGCUGCCUGCCAUCCUCAAGCGCAAGAAGAGCCUUCAGAAGCUGGUGUCUGACUGGAACACCCUCAAAAGCAGGCUCAGCCAGGCAGCCAAGAACUCGGGAAGCAGCCAAAGCCUGGGUGGUGGCUCAAGCAGUCACACCCACAUGGCCACUGCCAACAAGGUGGAGACGCUGAAGGAAGACGAGGAGGAGCUGAAGAGAAAGGUGGAACAGUGCAAGGAUGAGUACCUGGCUGAUCUCUACCACUUCUCCACCAAGGAGGACUCAUAUGCCAACUACUUUACUCAUCUCCUGGAGAUUCAGGCUGACUACCAUCGCAAGUCACUAACCUCCCUUGACACGGCCCUAGCUGAGCUGAGGGACAACCACAGCCAAGCAGACUCCUCCCCCUUGACGACGGCUGCCCCCUUCUCCAGAGUAUAUGGGGUGUCCCUGAGAACCCACCUGCAAGAUCUAGGCCGUGACAUUGCCCUGCCCAUCGAGGCUUGUGUCCUGUUGCUGCUGUCGGAGGGCAUGCAGGAGGAGGGCCUCUUCCGUCUGGCUGCUGGGGCCUCUGUGCUGAAGCGCCUUAAGCAGACCAUGGCCUCAGAUCCCCACAGCCUGGAGGAAUUCUGCUCGGACCCCCAUGCUGUAGCAGGUGCCCUCAAGUCCUAUCUCCGGGAGCUGCCAGAGCCCCUGAUGACCUCUGACCUCUAUGAUGACUGGAUGAGAGCAGCCAGCCUGAAGGAACCAGGAGCCCGCCUGGAGGCCCUUCAUGAUGUUUGCAGCCGUCUACCCCAGGAGAACUUCAACAACCUCCGGUACCUGAUGAAGUUCUUGGCACUGCUGGCCGAGGAGCAGGACGUGAACAAGAUGACACCCAGCAACAUCGCCAUUGUCUUGGGGCCCAACCUGCUGUGGCCUCCUGAGAAAGAAGGGGACCAGGCUCAACUGGACGCUGCCUCUGUGUCCUCCAUUCAGGUGGUGGGUGUUGUCGAGGUGCUGAUACAGAAUGCAGACACCCUCUUUCCUGGAGAUAUCAACUUCAGUGUAUCAGGCAUCUUCUCAGGCCUGGCCCCCCAGGAGAAGCCCAAUAGUCAACAGGUCUCAGAGGAAUUGGCACCUGUUGCUGUGCCUGCCACAGCCGCUACCCCAACUCCCACCCCAGCUCCUACCCCAGCUCCAGCCUCCAUGACAGUAAAAGAAAGGACAGAGUCUGAAUUGCCCAAACCAGCUUCCCCCAAGGUCAGCAGGAGCCCCACAGAUACAACUGCUUUGGCAGAGGACAUGACUCGGAAGACCAAGCGCCCAGCACCAGCCCGGCCUACCAUGCCACCUCCCCAGCCUUCCAGCUCACGCUCAUCCCCUCCAGCUCUAUCCCUGCCCGCUGGCUCGGUCAGCCCUGGCACUCCCCAAGCUUUGCCACGCCGUCUGGUGGGCACCAGCCUCCGGGCCCCCACCGUACCUCCCCCAUUACCCCCUGCUCCUCCACAACCUGCCCGGCGACAGAGCCGGCGUUUACCAGUCUCCCCCUGCCCAGCCUCCCCUGUCAUUUCAAACAUGCCUGCUCAGGUGGACCAGGGAGCGGCUACAGAGGACAGAGGAGGCCCUGAGGCUGUGGGUGGGCAUCCCCCUACCCCAGUUCUGCCACCCCAGCCCCGGCCCAGGGGCCUCAUUUCAGAGACAGAUUAAGCAGGCCCUCCUGCCUGGCAAGUCUUCAGUGUCCCCUUUCUCUCCUCCUCUCCCCUUCCUCCCUUGUCUCCCAUGAUAGCCCUCACCAUGUGCCUAGGUGCCUGCUGGGCCGGCCCCUAUGGCCAGGAGGGCUCAAGCCAGCCCUCUAAAUUUCAAACCUUUCCUCUUCCACUUUGAGCUUGGAGUUCCCACCCGACUCCCCACUCUCUGGCAGGGUUUCAAGGGAGCUACCAGAAGGAAGGACAACAGACAUGCCUGUUCCUACGGGACUUUUAUUUUUCUCUUGCCAAUGUAUUUUUGUAAGGCUCGUAAAUAAAUUAUUUUUAACAAAACUGGA